AUGGAGAGAGCAGAUGUUGUUGCAGCUUCGAGCUUCAAUCUGGAUUUGAAAGAGGCUCUCUGUCCCAUUCAGGAGGCAGCAGCAAUUCGGUUGCAGAGCCUGGCUCGGGGAUUCCUGGCACGCCGAGCGGCGCAGCGCCUGUGUGCUCAGAAGCAGCGCCUUGGACGCGGGCACCAGGACGCCGAGCUCGCUGCUGCGGUGCGCGGGGCGGAGCUCGCCGCUCUGCAGGUGGAGCGGCGCAAGGCCGAAGCAGAGAGGGCCAAGCAGGAGGAGAAGCGGAAGAGGGCGCAAAAGCUGUCGGCUGACACGAAAGCAGCCUUGGAAGCAGCUUUUGACGGCGACGUCGCUGUGCUCGAGAAGUUGCUCAACUCAGGCCUUCCCGUUGAUGCAGCCAAUGCCGCCGGCAUUACGGCCUUGAGCGAGGCCGCCGUGGCAGGCAAGGCAGAGGCUGCGCAGCUGCUGCUGGACAGGAAGGCCAACCCCAAUACGCGCGGGGAGUUCAGCAGAACACCCCUUUGGAGAGCCGCAUACAGCAGGCAGAGCGAUCUAGUUCCCUUGCUACUCGAAGCCGGCGGUGACCCGAGGUUAAGAGACGACGACGGGCAGACUCCUGCUGAUGUUUGUGCUCAGGACGAGCUGUGCGAGCUUUUGGCUGCCUGGGAUGUAUCCCGCACAGAUGAGCUUGUGGAGGACUUUCAAGAAUGGGCGGCAGAACUCCAGCGCCAGGAGCACCAACGGCAACGGGAGGCCAUGAGAUCUGUGGAGGAAGCCUUCGAGGCCGCCGCCAAAGCCUACGAGGCUUCCCAGAUGAUUCUUGCCAAGGCCAAGGCGCAGAUGCGCAAUCGUGAAAAAGAGUAUGGAAUGAAGCUGGCUGCAGGCCACAAGGAUGCCGUGGAGGCCUGUGCCUCCGCGGACGCAGCCUUGCAGCGAGCAGAGGCUGAUGCCGCGAGCGCUCAGCAUGACUUCGACCAGGCCCAGCGCCGGCGCCUCGCGGCGGCGGAGGCCGCGGGCGCCGAGGUCGCCAGCGGCCCCGGGCGGUUGGUUCCAGUGGCCCAGCUCAACAACGUCCUACUGCGUGAUCUCGGCGAGCGCAUCGCCCAAGGUGGCCGAUGGCCCUUAGUGCUCGACCCCGGGGACAUUGCACAGAAACUCAUCCAGUAUUCGGGAUCAUCACUCCUCAAUUUCUUCCGCUCUGGUGACAUGGAGCCAGAGCGCAUCAGGGUCGCUCUCCUGACGAUGCUCCGUGGCGGUGGCGUUCUUGCCCUGGAUCUACACAACUUCGGAGCCGGAGUGGGACUGGACCUACUCUCCCAACCCUUCGAGAACGUGCGGGAGAAUCUUUUCCAAGACAUUUGCAGCCGGGCACUGCUGCAAGUUCCCAAAGGCAAGCGCAUGCCAAACUUCUAUGAUCUGGUCACGAAGGAGGAGCGACAGGAGCGCUUCAAAGCCCAAAUGUUCGACGACAAGAUGAUUGCGAGGUUCAAGUUCAUGGUCCUCACGUCGACAGAGCUGCCGCACAAAGACUUGCUGGAGCACUUUGACGUACUUGGCAGCCAAGAUGAAGGAAAGGGCAUCCACCGCCAGGGGCCGGGAAACUCUGCCGGUGCUGCAGAGGCAUCGCAGCCGACGUCGCCUGUGGAUGAGGCCGUCGCCAACACAGAUGCCAACCGCAGCCCAUGUGGACCCGCGGCUCUGAGGCAGGAAGCUUCCAUCUCCAAAUCACCCGCCGAGGAGGAAGCGCCGGAUGCAGAAUCUGGGUCUGCAGCGCCGGAGGAUGCCAUUGCCGCUGCAGCAGCUCCGCUUCGAAGGCCUCGCCGUGGGCCCUCGACGAAGCUCGCAAUUAUUCUCAUAAGUGUUGUGUUGCUGGCCAUUGCCGCUGAGCUUUGGAUCAUGAGUAUGCCACAAGUUCCGCUCCUGAUUGACAAGCUCUACUUUGGGGUGGCAUUGGCAUUUCAGCUGAUGAUGGUGCUGGCAUCUCUUCCACUGCCAGAGCAAGGUCUCUGUUGCAUCAGAGGAAUCUGCAUGAUGGGACACCCCCGAUGCUUGCAGAGCUCAGCAUCAAGUCUCGCAGCUGACUGA